GUGAAUUUAUUGUGGAAAUGGACCGGAAGUUUACAAAGCGAUAGUCUCACGGUGCGAGAAGCUCCGCAGUGAGGGAGUUUAAAGCGCCCUUUAACUUCGUUUAUUUUACUUUAAGAGAAUACUUUUCUAAACAGAAACAGCGGACGCAUCGAUGGGAUAACGCGGCGAUGCUCACAGGCCCUUUAAACCGGUAUUGAGCGUGCAGUGUGCGGACUGUGUGCGGAGUUUAUUCAGCCAUGGAGUCGGCCUCCAGAGGAAAGGCCAAACGCAGGCACCUCAGUGCUUCUGAGUGCCACAGUUUGAGCCAAAGCAAAACUGGCAGCCAGUCGAUCACCCAGCCUUUCACUGUCAACCUUAACAACGGUGACCCGAAUCGUGGGAUGCAACCAAGGACUCCCACUAAAAGAAGAAGAAGAAGAGCAACAGAAGGCGACAAGCAGCAAAGAGAAAUCACCAAAUUCUUCGCUUCAACUGGAAUCCUCAGUAGCAGCCCUCAGAAAGUUAAAGGUUCGCCUACAGUCAAGACAGAGAAUCAGCAGAAUGGACAUGUCUCACCAAAAGAGGAGGAAGAAGACAUUACAAUAGACUACUUGGAGGGCAUUACUGAAGACAUGUUUGGGGAUGAUGAGGAGUUUGAAAUGGGUGUGAGACCUAUAAAGAAAGAAAAAAUUGAAGAAGAAGAAGAAGAAGAGGAGGAGAUGGAGGGGAGGAGGGUGGCAGGCUGUAGCAGUUGGGGGUCUCCUCCAGUGCCAUCAGCUUUCAGGUAUAGACAGUCCUGUGUUGCUGUAAAGAAGGAGGAAGAAGAGGAUGAAGAUUACCCAGUGGAAAGCCUCCCUGAUGCUCAUUACGGGCUGCUGGGAUUAAACAGGGGGCUAGUCGUGCCUCAGGGUCACAUCCAGGACCUGCCGGAAGAGGUAUUGAGUGUGAUUUUUGCAAACCUUCCAGCGGAAGAUCUCUACCGCCACGUCAGUCUGGUGUGCCAUCACUGGAGAGACAUGGUCACAGAUCCUAAGUUUGUGCCGUGGAAAAAGUUGUACUACAGAUACGAGAAGCAGGAGGAAACGGCAGUGAGGGAAGUGAAGACCCUCCUUGAGACCAAUCGCAUUACAAAGUCUGCUGAUCUGUGUAUACUGAACAUGGUGAGGUACAUGUCCCAGUUUAAACACAGCAGACUGGUGAAAUUAAAGGAUGUCCUGCAGAGUGUGAAAGGCCAUCGGCUCUACGUCCAGGCAGAGGCCUGUAUAAAGCAUAGGUUGCCAGAUAUGGAGACAGUGGAUGGGGAACCGAAUCCAUGGUCUGUCAUGGCCCUGAUGCUGAUUCUGGCAGAUGGAGUAAAGGAUGUCCUGGACCUGGUGGUCCGCUUGCAUACGUCUGGAUGUCUCCUGUCUCCAGGCGGGGUCUCUGAGUACCUGUGGGCGGUGGCCACCCUGCUGCUCGCCAUGAGGAACGCCAACAUUACCAUCAGUAACAGGUGGCACUACAAUAUUUACUAUGUGCUGCACCUGAUGGAGAAUGCAGCGCCAACUCUGAGUCCUGGGGAGGGCAGAGAGGUGCCGAUUCAGGUCACUCAUGAGCAACAGCAAAUCCUCAACCAUGACAUCCAGAGGAACCACGUUGUCAAAAUCAUGGCCUUUGCCGGCACUGGAAAGACCACCACACUUGUGAAGUACGCCCAGCAGAGACCAAACCUGCGCUUUCUCUAUGUGUCCUUUAACAAAUCAGUGGCAACACAGGCCAACCGCAGCUUCCCUAGCAAUGUGGAAUGCAGCACCAUUCACUCAAUGGCCUUCAAAGCUAUUGGACACAGGUACAGAAGGCUGGAUAAGCUGGGCAGUAACCUGCAGCCGUUUAACGUGGCCUGGAAGCUGCCCGUGGGCCGUGGAGGUUUCGUCAAUGCCAAGGUGGUGACGCAAACCAUCAACAACUUCUGUGCCUCCACUGAUGAACGCAUUGGCACCCAGCAUGUCCCGCGUGUGUACAAGAACAACCACGGCCGUGAUGAAUGCCCAGAUGAAACCAAAAAGAAGCUGUUUGUAAGUGAUGCACAAGACAUCUGGAGGAAAAUGAUCGAGAUGGAGCCCACCAAGGAAAUGGCCCACCACAUGACUCAUGAUGGAUAUCUCAAACUGUGGCAGAUGCAGAGGCCUGUGCUGAAUGGCUAUGAUGUAAUCUUCAUUGACGAGGCUCAAGACUGCACUCCAGUCAUCAUGGACAUCAUUCUUUCCCAGACCUGUGGGAAAAUCCUAGUUGGAGAUCCCCAUCAGCAGAUCUACACUUUCAGAGGGGCUGUUAAUGCAUUAUUUGCUGUUCCACACACACACCUUUACUACCUAACCCAGAGUUUCAGGUUUGGCUCUGAGAUUGCUUACGUUGGUGCCACAAUACUGGAUGUUUGCAAAAAAGUGAAGAAGAUCUUGGUUGGUGGACGGCAGGAGGGGAGUGUAAGAGGAGAGGACAAAGAGACUCUGGAGUCUGUAAAACUGGGUGCGAAGCAGGUCACAGGGAAAGUUUCUAUUUUGUGUCGAUGUAACGUCACCGUCUUCAGUGAGGCAGUGCGUCUAACUGAUGCCAACCCAAGCUGCAAGAUCCACAUUGUUGGAGGUGUUGAUAAUUUUGGGCUGAAGAAAAUCCUGGAUAUCUGGGUUCUGAUGCAGCCAGAAGCCAAACGCAGGAGUGAAAACCUCAUGAUUAGGGAUGGGUUCAUCCGUUCAUUCUGUAAGGACAAGCUGGGCGGUUACGCAGGCCUGAAGAAGUAUGCCUUAAACGCAGAAGACCGCGAGCUGGAGGCCAAACUGUCUGUGGUGGAGAAAUUCAACGCACGCAUUCCCGAACUGGUGGAGCGCAUCUAUAACUGUGCUCAAAAAAACCCACAGUUUGCAGAUUAUAUCCUGGGAACGGUGCAUAAAGCCAAGGGGCUGGAAUUUGACACAGUGGUUGUGACGGACGACUUCAUGAAAGUGCCUUGUGCCCGACACAACCUGCAGAGAAUGAAUAUAAACCCAGGUAUAAGGAACGUUCAUGCUGAUGAAUGGAACCUGCUGUACGUGGCUGUGACUCGAGCCAAGAAAACGCUUUACAUCACCAAGAGUGUUUGCAACAUUCUUACUCUUGCAGGAGAAUACUGCCUGAGGUCUGAGAUGAGCAGCACUAUUUUGAAUAAGAACGAGUAUGUCCGAUGCAGUACCAGAGAGUGCCUCAACCACAUCACCAAGGAGUCUCCCCUCAGCAUAUGCAAGAUGCCUGUCAGACAUAUGGACAGCGUGGAGGAGGGUGGUGUUCUCUGUGCCACUUGUGUGGAACAGCGUGUUGGACCUGUAGCCUUUCUGCUUUCUCCUCCUGAGAAGGUCAAGGCCAUGUAUUACGCAGAAGAGCGGCUUGAACUGCCUAUUAACAUCUCCAUGCUGCUGGCCCUCCUCUAAGAGCACACUGAGGAAGCAUACUAAUGUUAAACUUUUAAUGUUUUUUUUUUUUUUUUUUUUACUGUGUAUAGUGAUUUUGUGUAUAUUUAAAUAUAGAUGUUGAGUUUAAUUUGAGGGUGUUGCCUGGAGGUGCUGGUUAAUUCUGAGGCAGCUGGGUACAUUGAGUUUGUUUCCAGUAAUGAUAAUAUCAUUUAUUUUAUAAACAUUAUCCCUUGUCCACAUAUCCAUAUAGUUUUAAAAUAAAGAUUUCCCUCCUUCUGUUUUUGAAAACAUUUAUAUUGACAAAGAAACAAACAUGCUUGCAGGAGCAUGCUAGACCUCUAGAGGCAGUAAAAGAGAAACAUCAGCACUAACAAAAAUAAACAAAAUUCUUAAUUUUUAAUUUACAGAUACAUGUACACCCACCCAUACUCCUUACAUGAUGCAGUAAUGUCACUGUUGUAGUUGGAGAGGCUGUUGGCUUAAUGGCAGCUUUAAUGGCAGCACGUUUAUUCAGUAUGUCCUUCAGUAGCCCACUCAGUGUGUUACGUUAUUAUAUAAAAAUAGUGUUUUAACAUUUCUAAUUCAGUUUACUGUCUUAUAGGAAAGGGUUACUUGGAACCAGGCCAUGUGCUUUGUGUAAUUCUGUGUAUAUAUACUGUUUUGUGAACCAUUCCUGUGAAAAUGUGUGUUUAAAGGUUAUUAUUAAUGUCUCUGAACGGUAAAAAUACUAAAUAUAUCUUGCAGUACCACUGCAGAUAAACAUUAAUAUUAGCAUUGGAACUAUUAUAUUCCUGCCUAUUCUUACAGUAGGCUGAGACUGUUAUCCCAGUUUUACAUCAUUCGACAGUAUCAUCAGCCUGGUUCCAACAUAUCUCAUAUCUCAUGUUUAUCAUUAUAAAGCUACAGACUGCUGUGUAGACAUGUGCCAUGGCUUCAGGCAAAUGGUCAGGGCUACUCUGAAAACGGACAUCAUAAUCCAAUGGACAUUUUAGUUGUUAUUGCCAGUCAGUGUAAUGGCUGAGCCUUCGUUUGCACUAAACACUUUGCACAGUGUAGAUACGGCUUCUUUGUUUUGUUAAUGUGUGUUUUUUUAAACUUUGAGAAAAUAUAUAAAGACAUUCUAAUGGAGGACGAGAUACUAAAUGUACAGUAUGAGUAAAGAUUGUUUUACUCAACUUAAAA